AUGAUUCCGACUAUUGUGUUACUUUCCGUGCUUUUGUUGCUACCCCAAAAUAUCCGCGGAUGGCAUAUCGCGUUUCCGAAUAACAGCGAGACCGUCAGCAAUGAGCUUCGCGAAACUACGUUUCAACCGGCCUUUAUAUUUCCAGGAACAAAAUGGUGCGGCAGUGGUAACAUAGCGGAUGGCCCGAACGAUUUGGGGAUAUUCGCGAUGACUGACGCAUGUUGUCGCGAACACGAUAAUUGCAAAGAUAUAAUCGAAGCGGCGGAAACCAAACACGGCCUGACCAAUUCUGCCUUUUAUACGAGGCUGCACUGUUCCUGCGACGAGAGGUUCUACGACUGUCUCCACAGCUCGGAGGAACUCGUUAGCGCGAAGGUCGGCUUCCUCUACUUCAGUGUGUUAGACACCAAGUGCUUCCGCGAAGACUAUCCCAUCGUUGGCUGCAAACGGCAUUCACUCAUUCCUAGACGCUGUUUGGAGUACGAGCUGGACGAGAGCCAACCGAAGAUGUAUCAGUGGUUCGACGUACCCACGUAUUUCGAAAACGACCACCGGAUGGUGAUGGCCGGCCGUCAUAUUCGAUCACUCGAUUCCGGCACCCCAUUCGCAGACCGAUAGGAGUCUAUUUUGCGGGACCGCCGACCACUGGAGGAAACGUCAUACGCGCGUAGAGCCGUAUAAAUUCGCAAUCGACCAUG